UUGGUUAUUAUUAUUGGUAUCUACUUUGAAGGCAUAAACUGCUUCAUAUUUAACGAAGCAUAUGCAAAACGCUUAAACCAGAAGCAAGCGACAAGACCCGGUUAACAGAAUACUGAAGUCUGUUGCGCAUAACCUCUAUUAAUCCGUUACAGACAUGACAGUAAAUGCUUAUUAACAUAAUGUCUUUUGAAAUUAUAUUUGUCAAAUUACAGCCUACUUUGAAACUUAAAUAAAUAUCAUUAACGUUAUUUGUGAACAGUAGACUAUUAUAGAAUAGACUACAGUUCUGAAUUGUUUAUUUUGGCUGGCUAAGUGCAAGAGCGCAAACAUCCUUGCACAUGGUGUAUAUAUACAGCUCGAAACCUUAACUUGGCUGAAAGCUUUCAUGUCUCAUUCCCGUCAGUAGUUUUGACUGAAUUGUUUCUAUAUUUAUAAGCAGCGCUAUAAGUUUGGGUUCUUCUUUCCCUCAGCAGUGCUGUUCCCUGAUUGGGCGUAUAAACCAGCGUGGUCUCCAGGCUCGCGGCAGGUGCAGUUAUGGCACUUCCUGUUAGAGCUGUUGGGGCGUGGCGAAGGCGGAGCGAUCACGUGGGGCAGCGAAUGGGGAGAGUUUGUGAUCAAAGACCCAGAGAGAUUGGCUAAACUGUGGGGGGAAAGGAAGGGCAAGCCGCACAUGAAUUACGACAAACUCAGCAGAGCUUUAAGGUAUUAUUAUAAUAAGCGAAUUUUGCACAAGACCAAAGGGAAACGUUUUACCUACAAGUUUAACUUCAACAAACUAAUCUUAGUGAAUUACCCCAGUCUUCCAACCUGCCCACAGAAUACAACAUCUGUCCCUUUCUCUGUCUUUCCUUCUCAGCUUUCCUUCUACAACCCAUCUAUUGACAGAGCUGUGCAGUCAAUUUCUCAUCCCCUUUUAAUACCCUACAGCUUCCCCAAACCCCUCCCCUUUCCCCAGACACAUCCAAUUCAAAGGCAGUUUCCCAUCUUUUCUGGCCCUCCUCCCUCAGGAACUAACCUAUCAGAGCUCUCCUGCCUGUCACCAGUCAACCCCGCCCUUCAGUUCAUGCAAACUUUAAUUUGGACUGUCAAGUGA